UGAAUACAUUCAAGCACAGUUUCAUUAAUCAUUAAUUUGUUUUCCUCAAUAACUAUUAAAAUGGAACCGUACAACGAACGUAGUUUAGAACGUAAUGACUCCCAGAAUUUCAACUGUCAAUUAUCAAUUGGUGAUUCAUAUCGUCUUCAAAGUUGUGCGUUCGUAAAUGAAAUAUAUGAAUCGCACCAUGAUGGUGUUUACCAGGAACGCCAUCACCUUAUGACAAGUAAGGAUUCCGAUAAUUAUCAUGGGUACAAUGGGAUUCCGUCAGUAAAAGUCGAAAAGUUUACAUCACCGAUACACCUUGAACCUACUCAGAAACCAGAUAUUCCGUUAACAUUAUUCAUGCCAUCUACAGCUAACCGAAUAAUGGAAAACUCGGAGAAACCCAGUUGGAAACUUGUAGCCGAUCCAUAUCUGAAUCAAGUGCCUACUAAAGUAUAUAGGUAUAAUGGCGUUGUGCCAGGUGUUUUACCUGGUAAUCCAUUGUAUCAUGAAGUGAUAGUUGAAGAUCCGCGUAUGAAUAGAUUCACAAAUAAAAUUAUAACAUGGCCUAUGGUACUGCCAGUACCUGAUUAUAAUAAGGUACCUACUUAUGUAUUUUAAUUAAUUUUAUAUUUGGAUAUUUUUCUAAGAAUUAAUGAAUACCUAAUUAACCAUUUUUAUUUAUUUUUCAAACUUAGCCACUUAGAUAAUAAAUAUUAGUAAAGUCCAUAUAUUAGAUCAAAUUAAGUAUGAACAUAUUGGUGGUUUCUGUUAGAAAAAUGUUGUUUAGUUUGUGUGUUUGGAGAGAUAAUUUGUUUAUUAUCAUUUUAGUUUUCUUAUUAAAAAAAAAUUAUGGAUAAAGGAGAGUAUUAUACAAUAAUGGUUCCUGUUAUUUUUGAUUUUGUUAUAGUUCAGUAAAAAUUAAAAACUUUCAUUAAUACUGGUUCUUUGUAGAUGUGUUCCAAUUUUUAAACAUUUUAGAUGGUUUUUGAUUUGUAGCUAUUUGAAAUUAUAAAGUUUUUAGUUUUUAUUUCAUUUAUGUAAAUAAAAUUGUUUUGGUGUAUAAAUACUUAAACAAUUUGAUACAAUGUUCUGAAGAAGUUUAUCAAGCUAUACUUAAUAGUAAAACAAAAAUUUAAGCACAUAAUGCUAUUAUUUUUACUUUAUCAGGCACACAUAUUUUAUUUUUAAUGAACAGUAUUUAAAAAAUACUAAAAUUAAACCUAUGUAUUACAAUGUUAAGAUCAAGCUAACCUAUAUAUUAUUAAAAAUUCUAUAAAAGUUUUAAUAAUUUAUAACUGUUGUUCUUGUUUGUUAUUAUUAUGUUUGUUAUAAUAAUUGCAUUGUUUAUUUAAUUAUAAAAUUAUAAAUUAUCAGUUAUCAAAUUAUAUUUAUAAAUAACAUUGUGUCUCAUAUAAAAUUUAUUAAUUUAUUAAUUUUCUUGAAAAUUAUUUAAAUAGUACAUAAAUUCUAUAAACAUAAAUUUUAUAAAAAUUGUAAAUUAAAUUAAUAAUUCCAAGUUUUAAAUAAAAUAAUUUAUUUAUUUUAACUAGGUAGAUAUAAUUUUAAAUAAAAUGUAUUAAAUAUCGGAUUAAUAUGUGCAUAGAAUGUACUACAAAGAUAUGAUUAUUGUUAUAUUUUGUAAAGAAAUUAAUUUUUUUUUUUUAAUUUAAGAAACAAAUACCUCUAAAAUUUUACAUUACCAUUAUUAUUUUGUCAGCCUUAUUUUUGGGGGUGCACUUAACUACUAUUACUUUUGAUUUUCAAAUGCAACACCUUUAACAUUGGGGAAGGUCAAUUUUUGGAAUUAUUUUAUUAUUUUGACUAAUGCAAUUUUUUUCCCUUUAAUUUUUGGACAUCAGUGACCGCAUACUUGUGUAUGUGCAUUGUGUUAUGUUCAAACUAUGCAAGAUUUGUAAGGAUAAGUAGAUGCCAGUUGGAAUGAGGCAAUAAUUAUCUUAUAUAAAAAAAAGGAUAAAAAAAUUUGUGAAAAUUACAAAGGUAUCUAAUUGCUAAAACUUAAGGCUUUCUCAGUAUCAUAAGUCAUAAGCUUUCUUAAAGUCAAUAAGCAUAUUUCAAAAGUGUUUUGUCUGGAUUUAUAAUUUUUCUCUAUUUUUUGAGCAAUGUGACAACUGAAUUGCUUUAUGGGUGACCUUUCUUUUUUAAAACCGUAGUAUUGGUAUAAUUUUCCUAUAUUUUCUUCUGUGUAUGACACUAGCACCAAUAUUUUUGGUAAUAUGUAAGGUUUUAUUGUGUUAGUAGUUUAGGUUAAGUUGAAAAAGUAUACUGAAAUGUUAUGUGCUUAUUGAAAACAAGUAUAGUAAAAUAAUAAGACUCUAAGGAAGGUAAAUGUAAAGACAAAAAAUAAUUGACAAACUAUAACCAAAGCUUAUUCUGACUUGUAAUAAUAUUAGACUUAUGAUUAUGCCCAUAAAGAAAUAUAUUUUGUACUAGCCAGUUGCCAUCAUUCAUUAAAAAGUUUUUGUUAUAAGUACACCUACACACAUUGUCUUAGUUCAUGUUUAUUUAAGCCUAAGUUGUUUAAAUGAUUUAAAACCCAGAGACAUUUUUGUCUACUUACAAUUUUUCAUUUAUUUCAUGUGUAAAAUAUAUUGUACUUAAUGGAUAAUAAUUUUUUUCAGUUCAAGAAGAUAAAUUGUUGUCUUAAAGUGGAAGUAACUAUUACCAACUUAGAUAAUACUAUUGAUAAAGUGUUUCUGACAGAUUUGGUGAGUGAAAUUAUUUAUUAAUUUUAUAGUUACACCUGCAAAUGGUAAAUGGUUUAGUGAAUAUUUAUAGUUUAGUAACAUUUAUAUAUUUAUAUUUUGUAUGACAAUAAUUUUGUUUUAUGUUUAUAUAUAUAUAUAUAUAUAUAUAUUAUUCACAAGGAUAAGAACUACAGAUGUGUAUAUUACAAUUAAUUUUUCAUGUUUUGGUGAAAAAUUUGAAGGUAGUCAUUUUUUAAAGUUCAUACUCUUCUGAAAAUUGUGGCUAUAAGCACUAUUUUCAUUAAAUUCGUGAUUUUUAAUAGUUUUUUAAAAAUCUGAAAAAAACAGCUAACAGUCAAUUAUCUAUGAUAAUAAUAAGCAGUUAGUGAUUGUGAUUACCCCUGCUGCAUAAUUAUAGGUAUUUUUCUCUUUUGUGAAAUAAUUUUGUAUUUCACAACAAAGUGUUAAAAAGUGUUACAAAGUGCUGGUUCUAUUUUAUAAAAUACUAAUUUGACAAAGUAAUUAGAGAAAUAUAUUUUUCUUGUUUGGUUUAUUUGUAUUUUGUGAUAAUUUAUUUUUAUAUAUUUUAUAUUUCUAUUGAUUUAUACAAAAAUUUGUAAUUAUAAUUUAAUACUAUUUAAUCAUUAUUGUAUACUAUGAUUUAAUUAUGCUAUUAUUUAUAGGUAGCACAAUUUGGUCAAAUUAAUUUGUUACAAAUAUUCUAUCAUCCAGUCACUAAAACACAUUUGGGUUUAGCAAAAAUAAUUUUUAAAGAGGAAACAUCGGCCAUGUUUUGUGUACAAAAGUUAAAUGGAGCAUCUCUUAUGGGAAAAAUUCUAGAUUGUUUUUUAGAUCCUUCUGGUAAAUAUCCAUUUCAGUGUUUUAUUUUAUAUACAUAUAGUGGAUUUUAUAUUAAAAUUAAAAUUAUAUAUUGUUUAGCUAAGCGAUGUUUAAUGGUAUAUGAGAGAUUAACUGUUGAUAAACCAAACCAACCUUAUGAUCAACUUCAGGCAGCAGAAAAGUCAUUACCACUCAAAUUAAACAAUUAUACAAAUUCUAGUUUUGUAGAUACUAUUUUCCCAGGUACCAGUUGUGGAUAUAAUAGUAUGACCAGUGCUCAUGGAUACAAUAACCAAAUACUUCCCAAUUUAUAUAAUAGGUAUAAUUUAUUACCAGGGCUGGUGGCUUUAUUAUUUACUUAAAAUCCACAAGAAAGUGCUUAAAAAUAUUUAAAUAGCAAUAAUGGAAUGGAUGUUUUAAAAGCCCCACCCUCUAAUAUUCCUAAUUUAAAAUAAAAUUUUAUUUAACAAGUUAAAUUUAGAGCUAUUAAAUAAAGGCUCCUUUAAGUAAUUUUAUGAUAUUCUUAAGUGUUUUUUUUUUUUUUUUUUAUGGAUUUCUAGUGCAUAAAAUAAAGUCUCAUACCCUGAUUAUUAUUAUAAUUUUUUAUUAUUCAUUAUUAAUAUUUACUAUAAAAUAUUUUGAAAAUUGUGGUUAUUGUUUUUUUUUUUCAAGAUAUCCUUCCAAUAUUCUUCCUAUGCACAAUAAUGUGUGGCCAGAAGAUAAUCUUUUUACUUCAUCUUCAUCUUUAAUACCUGUACCAGCACCUGCUCCUAAUUUUCAUCCCGAAACACAAUCAAGAGUAAGCUUAGAUACAAGAAUUGAAAUGCUCCUUAGUGGCGCUCCUGAUGUAUAUCCGGAUUUUUCAUGUAUCAUAAACAAUGAUUCUGAUAUUCCUGAUAAUGUAGAAGAUUAUACUGUUGAUGACUUUAACUUAAAUUUUUUACAACCUGAUAAUUAUGAAGAAUGUCCAUCUCUUUCUAAUUCUCCAUCUAAUAAUACCUUUUUAUCAGAAAAUUUAUGUUUAAAAAGUUAUGAAGCACUAGAACAGCUAAACAUUAAUGAUGAUCAAGAAAGGCUAGAACUAGAAAGCUCUUUAAGCGACAAAAUAAGAAGCAGUAAGUUUAUACACACAAUAGGUGAUUAGGUUAGGUAUAUGUAUUGGUAUUUAUGCUUGUUUAAUUUUAUUUUCAGUUACUAGUAAUACUAUGUAUUUGCAUAGUGAAAUGAGUUCUAGUAGUGAUGAUAGAGCAAGUUUUAAUGAUGAAGUUUCAGGUAAAGACAUUUCAGAUAUUGAUCAAAAUAAUCCCCAGUGUUCACCAUUACCAAAUGAUCCUCAAGAUAAUAAUCUGCCAUCACUUGAUAUGCAUUUUGAUGAAGAUGAAGAUGAAGAUGACUUAAUUGUUUAUGACUUUGAACCAUGUAAUGAGGAUGAUACUUCAACCAUACUUAAAAAGUAAGAGUAAUAAUUAAUUAAAUAUUCUGUUUUAUUUGUAAUAAGAUAGAUUAUUGUUUUAGAAAGUUAAUGAAAGAAGUAUUACACGAUUUCAGUGAUAAGCUUAAAAGUCAUUUUCUAAACAAAGUGGUGCCUAAUAUUGCUUAUAAUGUUUUGGAUCAAUGGUGGGAGAGAUCUGCGAGUCAGUUAAAAGUAAUAUUAGAUUUAUCUAUUCUAAUAUUAUCUGGAAUACCUAUUUUAUGUUUAAACAAUAUAUUUAUAUUUAUAGCCAAAUAGUGUUACUAAUGAAGACUCUAAAUCUGUGAAAUCAGCUCAUUACCCAUACAAUAUUUUAGAUACAGGACCAUUAAGUUUGAAAACAUUGGGUAUAAGUGAUUCAAGUCUAGGAAGUCUAAAAGACAUAUCUAAAAUGCCAUCUGUAAGUACAUAAUACAUAAUAACUAAUAGCUUAUUGUUAUCAACUGUCUUAUCCUGUUUCUCCAAACACAUACUAUAUAUACUCUAUUUUCUUCUACUUAUUCUCAGUUUCCUUCACUUCUUUCAAGUGCUACUUUCUGUUUCUCAAGCCUAUUGCUAAAAUCUUGCAGAUUUUCUCCUGUCAAAUUUAUAUCAUCUGCAAACAUCACACACCAUAGUACUUCCUCUCUCCUGUUGUCUGCAUUUGACCCAACCUUUUAUUUGUUGCUUUUAUCUACUUCUGUAUGUUAAUUUUCAGAACUCUACUUUUGAUAGUUCAAGCAAUAUUUAAUAUGCAUAACAUGAAUAUCAGAUUUACUAUUUCUGAAUUAUAAUCAUUAACAUUUAUACUGGGAGAGUAAGGAAGAUUAAUAAGUUGCAUGAUUGCACUAUACUUCACUCCACCGGUCUAAACUUUAAACAACCAUAACUCAUAAAUGGUAAAUCUGAUAUUAGUGUUAUACAUAUCAAAAUUUCUAGAAAAAUAUUCUGUGUUCAAAAGAAGGGUUUCUUUUUGAAAAGUAUAUACUUAUUUUAGGUACAUAUAUUAAGGGUAAAAAUUAAAAAUGGUUUUAAAUUAUAGCUUCAAAGACUUCAUACUGAUUAAAAAAACAGAAGUCAAAUUCUAUUAAAAUCUCCCGAGAAAAUUGCUGGUUUAAAUAAAAUUAAAAAAAAAUCACUCUGUAAAAUAUCAUUAACCUUUUUAAAAAUGACUAAAUGUAUUUUAAUUAAAGUACUUUAUUGAUACUAGUUUAAAAAUAUCGUCAUAGAUUUUAGAUUUUAGAAAUUACACAGCAAAAAUUGUGUUGCCAUUAAAUAAAUUAUUGAACAACAACUGUUAACUAUACAGGGAUGGAAACAAUGAAUGAGAAAAAAAGGGAAGAUGUGUUAUAAUUUUUUUACAAAAUUUUCUGAUCAAGAUAAUAAUUAAUAAAUGAAAAAUUAGUUUUAUUUCUUACCACAAUACACAUUAAAGAAACACUAAGUAGUAUUAUUAGGUCUCCCUCUAUUUAAUUGCAUAGUAUAUUAAUAGUAAUACUAUUGUCAUAACAAAAGAUGGACAUACUUUACAUAUAGAGGGUAAUGCAAUGUAUAUCUAUAAGCAAAGUUUAAUCAUUGCUAACAAAAAAACCAUUUUGAGCUUGGUUAAUAGUAUUUCAACAAUAUAUGUAUAUAUGUUAUAGUAAAAUAUAUGGGGUGAUCAACCUAUGGUAAGAUACUUACUAACUCAGGAAGUAUUAACUUUUUUCAAAAUUUGUUUUACAGAACAUUUAAGAAACAUGCUGUUCUAAAAUUUAACAUUUACAUUAUUUUUUGUCACCCUGAUUUUUGGGGGUGAACAACAGCCCACUUUUGAUUUUCAAAUGUCAAACUAUAUUAAAAAUUCCAUAAAUAGUUGGAAUACUAGUUAAAAUAAAUUCUGGUGUUCACAUUUUUAAUUUUCAUCAAAUGAUGCUCCACUACUCUCCCCCAACCCAAAUUUAAAAGUGGAAUAUCUUAUCAAGGGAUUGAUGAAAAUUACAAAUUUAAACACCAAAAUUUAUUAUAAUUACUACUCUAUUUAUUUAUGGAAUUUUUAAUACAGGUUGCUAUUUGAAAAUCAAAAGUAGAUAGUACUUACACCCCAAAAAUUAAGGUGACAAAAAAUAACAUAAAUGUAAAAUUUCAGAGGCACUUGUUUCUAAAAUUUUCUAUAAACCAAAUAUUAAUACUUUCUGAGAUAAUGAGUGCCAAAGAUAGAUUGAUAACUCUGUAUAUUGAAACAAUUUGAAUGGACUAGUAACUAGAUUUGUCCCACAUAAUCUUUUACUAAAACGAUUUUCGUCAAAAUUUGAUAUUAAAAUUCUUAUAAAAAAAAUAUCCUACAUUAAAUUAAAUUUUUUUUUUUGACCAUAAAGUACAAUUUAUAAUUAACCUCCUGUUCAAUUUUCAAGCAUUUCUAUUUAGUCUAACAAUUUUAUCCACAGAGUACCUACCAAAUAAAAGUUACUUAAACAAUUUAAAUGUAUAAAUUGCUCAAAUAUGGGUCAAAUGUUUUGAAAAUUUUACCCACCUAUAAAAGGGAAAUAUAAGUUUUCUGUCCAAUUUCAAGUUUUCACAAAUAUUUUAAACUGAAUUACAACAAAUAACAAAUUUGAAAAUAAUAAAUUUCUCAUUUUUCUUACAUUUUAUCUAGGGUUUUCCCAAUUAAUCGAGAAAACCACUCGUAUAAUCUUAAAAUGAUCUUUAUAAAGAAUCAUAUAGAUAACAUUUUCUUUCAAAAAAGGUAUUACACUUGAUACAUCAGAGUAAGUUUUCUGGUAGACAUUUUUGUCUCAAUAUAAAAACAAUAAUAAAAAUAAACACCAUUGUAAAACCAAUACAUUCUUUGAUACACUCAAAGUCUAAAAUUAAAAUCAAGCAGAUAAAAUAAAAUGCAAAUAACUAGUAAGUAAAGUUUGGCUUUGUAUGUAUUUUAAUAUUUUUACUGAGAGUAUGUAGUUGUUAAAUGGGAAUAAGAAAUGUGGAUGAUUAGAUUAGAAUCAAAUACACAGGAAAAAGUAUAUAGUGCAUUUAAAUGCAUAUUUUAGGGUUGACUACAAAUUUGAAGAAAUCAGCUUAUUUAAGCAUAUUUUGUAGAAAAUAUCUCUUUUAUUUCAUAUUUUUUGUUAAGCUGAUGUUAAGUAUAAAAAUUGUUUGUAAAGUAUGAUAAAAAGUAAUUUUUAUAAAUUAUAUUAGUUAAACAUUUAUAUGUGCUUUCUCUUAAAACAUAAUGCUAAUAGUCUCUAAAAACCUUAAAAUAUUCUCAUGACCUAUAUUCUCUUAGAAGUUUGAAAAAUAUGUAAAAAUAAUCAAUGAACAUCAAUAUAUGCUUUAAUAUGCAAUUUUGUAUAAACAAUUUUUUUACAACAUUCCAUAUUUAACUAGUUACACUUGUGUAUUAAAAAAGAACAAUAAUGUAUUUAAGUAAGAGUAAAAAUAUAAUAUAAAUUUAAUAAUGUAGGUAAUUUAAUUUUUAAAAACUUAAAAUGGAACAGUGCAAUACAAAAUGAUCAACAAAUAUGUUGAUGUUAUUAUCACUAUGAAAACAACUUUUAGCAUUGCAGAUUAGCCACCAUGUUUAUUAAUCAGUAACUUGUAAUAGGUAGGUACUAAACACUAAACUUUUUUAUCAAAAUGAUACAAAAAAAAAAAAAAAUUGUAAAUGUUCAAAAUUUAUUUUUCAGGGUACCUUUAAAAUAAUUUAAAUUAAUAAAUAUAAAUUAAUAUUUUUUUCUCAUAAUUUACAAAAUAUUCUCAAAUAUACAAAAAAAAAGUUUUUCCUUUAAACUCUGAAUAGAAUGAAUCAUCAACAUUUCUUACUCUCAUAAGACUGCAUAAGCUCAGUAAGGAUAUUUAAAAAAAUAAUAAUCUAGUCUUUACUCAUUAUUAAUGAAAUUAGUCAUUUUUAAUGACAUUAUUGUUGAUCUAAAAGUAUCAAUAUUUAUCUAUUGCCUCCCCUGUUAAAUACUAUUGGUCUCCCAAGGGAGUAGCAUCUUAUAAUUUAGGAACUGCUGCUAUAUAUAAUAAAUGCAAUUGUAAGUUAAAUAAUAACAAAAAAUAAAAUGUAUAAAUUCUAAAUAAAUACAAUUUUAGUGUAGUGAGAUUAGUUUAAGUAUUGAUUGAGUUUAGAUAAUUUACUGUGUAAAGAUUUUCCCUAAUUUAUGAACACUGUGUCAGCUAUACCAAAUCAACUUCCACAGAAAAUGGACAAAGGGAAAUGGAAAAUUCAUGAAUCAGGAUGUGCUAGAACUGAAGUUUAUUAUAAAAUGAAAAAUGAACAAAAGGCCAAAUAUAAGGUAAUUUUUAAACUAUUAACUAUAUAAAUUUGAAUAAGGGAAAAAGCGAACAGACAGUACAUAUUUUGUUGAGUUUAAACUAUAUUAUAACAAAUGUAUAUUGUAAACUGAAUAGAUUUCUUCUCUUAUUAACCAUUUUUUUUUUUUUAUAAUUAACUACUUAAAUAUAAAAUCUAAAAAUUAUUAUUAUUAUACUUUAAUUCAAUCUAUUAAAUUUAUAUACUUAUAUUAUGGCCUUAAGGAGCAGUUCUAAUUUUGUCUAACAUUGUUACACCAUCUCAGAUUUUUGUUCUUUAUAAUUAUAAAAAAUACUGACAUACAUUAAACAAUGACACAGUGAUCUGAAAAAGUGAUUUUAGCUUGCCUAAAUUAAUAUCAGCUCUCAUUCCAUUAGAUAUUACUAUUAAUGCAUCAACAUUUUAAUUCAACCCCCCUAUUAUCAAAAUUUUUGGAUUUUAAAAAAAUUAAUUUUUUUCAAGUUAUUUAAUUUAAUUUAAUAAAAGAUUUAUUAAAUUUUGAGCAUCAUUAAAGACCUUAAGAAAAUUAUUUUAGUACCGUUCAUAAACUAGAUAUAACAUAAUAAUAUUAUGUACAAGAUCUUUAUUAUUAUUUAAAACUUAUUAUUAUUACUUAAAAUUCACCCCAAAAAGCCUUGAAAAAAAGCACUUACAGCAAAUAUUAUUAAAUCAAAUGGUAGAAGGGUUUAAAUGUCCUCUGUCUAAUGACUCUAAAUUAUUAAAUAUAAUUUUCUAACACUACAAAAAUUAAUUUUGUUAAUAAAAUUGUACAUAUAAAUAAAUAACAUUGGGUUAAUAAUUUGUAUAAUGUUAAAAAAUUGUAUUUUAUAAGUUAAAGCUCUUUCAGGGAGGGAAUUUAAAUCCUUCUACCAUUUAGUCUAAUAAUCUUUGCUUAAAGUGUUUUUUUGUGAAUUUUAAGUACAAUGAGUCCCAAACCCUAUUCAUUAUUAUUAAUCCUAGAAUAUGAGGAAGGUAUAUGAUUCUACUAAAUAUUUCACUUGUUUUUUAUUUUUUAUUUCUGUAACUCACUAAAAUUAAUUUUUUGUUGACCCACAUUAUUAUUUGAUAAAACUGUUAUCAUUUUCUGGUAGUAACAUAGAAUCAUUUUUUUCUAUAGAUCUAUCAUAUGCUCUUUUAUUUUCGGUCUAUUUUUUAUCAAGCAUAACCCUAAAACUUAAUAAUUUUGCCUUAAUUGAUAUGUAUCAUCCUAUAGAAUUUUAUUAUAUAUUUAUGAUACUUUUGGUAAUAAUAUUUGUUGGCUAAAUUUCUUUUUAAAACUUAAAAAAAGUUACCAAAACUUAAAAAAUUAAUUGAAUUAUAAAAUUAGUAGUUUUUAUCCCUAUGAGUUGUAUAUAUAUAAAAAAAAAAAAAAACCAGAAUUUGAUUUUCUUUAUAAUCUCCAGAGAUAUUACAAUAUCUUUGUGGAACACCUAUGAUUAUUAUAGAUAUUUUUUUUUGUAUUUAUAAAAUGUGUUUUUUAGCAUCAAUCAGACAGUUCAAAUUUUCAGCCAAACUGUAUCAAAGAGCUUGAAUUAUCCAACAAAUGUAUUGGAAAAAUAUUGGAUCAAUCUCGUGAAGCAUGUAGUAAUCAGCACCAAUUAUUCAAAGCAAUUGAACCUACAUUAGAUAAGGAUUUGCAAAAAUUUAAUAUGCUUAAGUUUUAUAAGAAGCAACUGAAAUUGGGAAAAUCAGCUAUACAUGGUUGGGGUUUGUUUGCUAUGGAACAUAUUAUUGCUGAUGAAAUGAUUAUUGAAAUUGUGGGUCAAAGUAUUCGUCUUGUAGUUGCUGAAUUACGAAAAAAAAUUUACAAAAUCACUGGAAUUAACAGCUCAUAUCUGUUUAGAACAGAUUUAGACAAUGUUAUCGAUUCUACCAUGUGUGGCAAUCUGGCAAGAUUUAUUAAUCACAGCUGUAAUGUAAGUAUAUAAACAAUUUUUUUUUUUUUAAAUUCAGUACUCAAUAGUAAUAAACCAUAAAUCCUAAUCUUCUAAUGAAAAAAUAAUAACUUUUCGUUAAAUUUAACAAUUAUUUAUUUAAAUAUUGAAUUUAAAAUAAAAUUAUAGGCUAUCUGAAGUAAUGCUUAGAUUGUACAAGUUAGAGUUUAUCACUGUCCUGUAGAACAAUGACACAACUGCAAAAUUUCCUAAAAUGUAUUAAUUGCUACAGCCAUGAAGUUGGCCCACUUCACACAAUCUAUUCAAAAUUUUGCGAGUUAUUUGCUAGAACUUUAAAGUCCAUUAGUGGAAUUUGCUAGUCAUUACUUUCCCACCAUUUUAAGGGUGGGUCAACUUCAAAUAGCCCACCCCUCUUAUCAGAAACUGUUGAAAUGGUAUCAACAUUUUUAUCUCAAUUUGCUAAAAUUUAUGAGUCAAUCCACAAAAUUUGAUAGUUCCUCAAGAUAGAUAAGGUAUGAGGUCUCAAAGUUUUGACCAGAAAACUAGUCUUUAUUAAAAAUUUAAUCUUUUUAGCACCAUUCAACAUAGAUCCAAACUGUACCUUAGAAUACUAUGGUUAGAGUAUAGAUAUUGUAGUAGUAUAAAACUAAUAAAAUUGAUUGCAGUAUUGUACUAAAAAAUAAUAAUUUUUUAUUAACAGUAGAAGUAGUUGGCUUAAUUUUCAGCAUAUUUACAAAAUAAUAACCGAACACAAUCCUUAAAAUUCAAAGAGUGACUGAAAACAGAUUAUAACAAUCAAACAAUCACAUUUCACAAAUUAUUUUUGUACUGCGUUGAAUACCUACCAACUUAGAAUUAUCAAAAUAAAUAUAAGAUACCAUUAUUAGAUUUUAUGUCUGGUGAUAUAGUUUAAUGUUAUCUAAAUAACUGUCAAGUGUCCACUAUAGCUAAAAUAGUUGUAUAAAUAAGUAAAUUCUACAAAUUUGUAAGAAAAAUCCAAAAAAAUUGCAUACAAUUGCACUUAAAACUUCUAGAUUUGAAAUCCUACUUACAUGAAACAUAUUUAAAAUUUACUUAGCAAAAAAUUGAAAAGGUAGAAAAAAUGUUCCAAAUAAAACAUCUUUGCUCUAGUUAUAUAAUAAAUAUAGUCAUAGUCAUUAAUAAUUAACAAUUAAAAUUUAAAAAAUAGAAUAAAAAUAAAAAUGAAAAAUAUUUUGUCCAUCAAGAGAGAUGUUCAUUAUAUACAGGUGUCCAUAUGACAGGUUUCACUGUAAUAUUUUGGUUUAAGUAUAAAUCAUAUAAUAUAAAAUUCUAUAGAUUCUAUAUGUUUCAUUGAAUAUUUUAAUUAAUAAAGUACCUAUUGAAUUUUUUUAACUCAUACCAGUAAUGUUAUAAAAAUAUAAUUUUAAAGUUGAACUAAAUUUUAUAAUACUUAAAAAACAAUUUCAUAUUGGAACCAAACAAAGCUAUUCAAAUAUUUUAUAACACAUAAACCAAAUCUUAAAAAUAAAUGUAAAAUGCCCUGAAGUACCAACACUGGUUGAUUUCUUUGCACAUACCUACUGUCUCAUUAUUUGGAAACUGUUAACUUCUUUCACUUGUACUUAUUGUAAAUAUUAUUUCAUUGAUUAUAGAAUACUUAAAUAAAAAAAAUGUACAAUGUUGUAUUAUUCAAAAAUUUUUAUGUUCCAAUAACAGAAGUUGGUGUACAAAUUGUAUAAUAUUUAUUUUAUUGCAUUUUUAUAUCAUUAUAAUUAACUUUAAACAAAAUUCAGUUUUUAUUUUCAAAAGGUUCUUGUUUAUAUGAAAUAUUAUAAUGUACCCAUAAAAUUUGUAUUUUAUUUUAUGGAAGGUGUAACAGGAUUAUUUAACAAAUGUAAUAACUUUAAUAUUAUUUUAACUUCUAAUACCAAUUUUUUUUUAAUUCCAGCCAAACUGCUACUCCAAGAUAAUACAAAUUGAAGGGCAAAAGAAAAUUGUUAUAUAUAGCAUGCGAUUAAUUAAUGUAGAGGAAGAAAUCACUAUUGAUUAUAAAUUUUGGCUUGAAGAAAAUAAAAUACCAUGCAUGUGUGGAACAGAUUGUUGCCGUGGAACAAUUAACUAGUUACAAAAUCAUUCAUACACAAUUUAUAUAAUUUGCUAUCUUUCUAGUAUAACUUUAAAUUUAAAUUUUAGUUUUAGUCAUACACUUUUUUUUCAUUCAUACAUAGUAAACCUUGUAAAAUUAUCUUUGUCAUAUAUUAUUAAAAUUAAUACAG